UUAUACAUGUCUAUCAUCAAACACAAUAAUCAAUAGAUGAUUCUAGGGGCGACAGUCGCUCGAAGCUCACCUCUCGUAUUCGCCCCUUCCCAAGCCUCUAAUAACCUCGACUCUCCCACGACGCCUUCCUCCGUCUCUGCUUCAUCUCAAAUCUACUUCUCAUGGCAGCUGAUGUCUCUAUCUCUAUAGCGGUCUCGGUUUGCUCCAAUUUUACUCCUACCCAAGAUUCCAGUAGUAUGAUCGUGUAAGUCAACAGAAGCGUAAUAAGGUGCUUGUUGAAAUUACUGACUAAGCGUAUAUAUAGUCGGCGAUGGGUUCGUGGAUUGUGCUUCUUGUGUGGGUUUUCUUGGGGGAAAUGGCUGGGCUGGCUUCGGGGAAUGUUGUUUUGAUUGGGAAGAACGUUUCUUUAUCUUUUGACGACAUCGAGGCGAAUUUCGCUCCAUCCAUAAAAGGAUCUGGUGAAUGUGGCGUCCUAUAUGUGGCUGAACCUCUUGAUGCAUGUGCUCCAUUAAAGAAUAAAAUUGUGGUAGGUUCAGAUUCUGCAUUUGCAUUAAUUAUACGAGGAGGUUGCACAUUUGAUGAGAAAGUUAGAAGUGCACAGAAAGCUGGAUUCAAGGCUGCUAUUGUGUAUAACAAUGAAGCGCAUGGUCCCUUGGUUUCAAUGUCAGGUACUCCAGGUAGCAUUCACAUACAUGCUGUAUUUGUCUCAAAAACCUCUGGAGAAACACUAAAGAAGUAUGCAGGAUGCACAGAUAUUGAAGUUUGGAUUAUACCGACUUUUGAGAAUUCGGCAUGGUCGAUUAUGGCCAUAUCUUUCAUAUCAUUACUUGCCAUGUCUGCUGUGCUGGCAACAUGUUUCUUUGUGCGCAGACACCACAUUAGACGUGAGCAACCUAGGCCAUCCAACAUCCGAGAAUUCCAUGGGAUGAGCAGUCGAUUAGUGAAAGCAAUGCCAAGUCUAGUCUUCACUUCAGUGUUGGAGGAUAACUGUACAUCAGCAACAUGUGCUAUUUGCCUAGAAGAUUAUAAUGUUGGAGAGAAGCUCAGGAUAUUGCCGUGCCGGCAUAAAUUUCAUGCGAUAUGUGUUGAUUCCUGGCUCACUACUUGGAGAACAUUCUGCCCUGUAUGCAAGCGAGAUGCCAGGACAAGCGAUGGAAACCCUCCACCCUCGGAGUGCACUCCUUUACUCUCUUCUGCUGCCUCAACUCCCCUUUCCUCCUUCCAUUCUUCUAUACCAACAUCUUCAGCUAUACAGAUACUCCCAUCCCUUCAAAUAAAUCCAACUCCACCUCGCUCACAUUUCACUAACCGAACUCAUUCUCUUGCAAGUAGUAUUGCCCAUCUACCCAAUGCUCGGAUAUCCAACAGUCGUUCCCCUGCAAUAAGCAUAAGUAGAAGUUCAAUAGAUCUUCGUAAUGCAUCGUAUCAGCGAUCUCAUGCUUCUCCCUCGGGAUUUCCCCAAUCUUCACCCAUAAAUUCGAGGUUCAUGCCCUCUUAUGUCUCCAGUCCAAAUAAUAUUGCUGGGUCUUCGACUAGGCAGUCUUAUUUACGACAUUGCACAGAAUCUGGGGCGAGCCUCUCUGCGAUGGACUCUGCACCUGAAUGUUGAGAGGUUUUGAGGAUAAUGUAUGUUGUAAUAUAAAGUGUAGUGGUUUUAUUGGCUUAGGAUGGUACUCUUUUUCCCCCCUUCUUAAAGGUUGGUGUUUCUCAUUUGAUAUAGAUUUGAUUUAUUUAGAUGCUUUUCUUUUCUCGAGUUGUGGCUUAUUGAUAAAAAGUUGAUUCACAGCAACAUGUCUCUGUAUUUUUAUUUUUAUUUUAUUUUUAUUUCCUUUUGAUGUUUUCUUUUCAAGCCAGUGUAGAUUCUUUAUGUUGGUACGAAUAAAGAGUAUGUUUGGUGAUGAG